AUGGCCGGCAAAGGCCCACAUUGCUCAUUCGUCCUUCUCGCCGAGUUUGACAUUGAUAGUGGUGCCCAGCUCACAUACCAGUUUCCUCAGCCGCUAGGAACAGACGAGGGUUUGCUUGCAAAUCUUAUGCUUCCAGAUGGAGCAGAAAGGCACCUCGAAGAUUGGACCAUCUUCUUCCUCAACCAGACGCCGUUCAAUACCAUUGCACCAGUUCUUGCUUUGGAGACGGAAUCAAGUGACAACCAGUCAAACGGAGAGGACGACCACCCGGAACUGCUAUAUGUCCUCAACCUGGUGCGGACGAAGCAUGACAAGUCGGUUCGGAGAGGUGCCGUAGUGAAAGCGAUGGCUAUUUGCACACGACAUCCAUUUAUCCAAAUAUUUAAGCCUGUUCUCCUCCUCGCACUUGACGACUAUUUUGCAAACCCAUCCCAAGAAUGUCUUACGCGUCUAUUUGAUGCGAUCAACUCGAUGAACAUCAGUGCUGCGCCUGCACUUACACGAUGUGAAAAGCUGAUCAUGCGCGCCUCAGAGCGCAAAGACAUAUUUGCGGAGAAGUUCACUCACAUACCCCCGUUUCCUCUUAAAGCUGCACACAAGACGACAGGCUCGAAUGGCUCACAUUCAUCUGAAGAUGGGGUUCUCAUCAAUGCUCGCGCACGCUCUACAACAGCUGCCUCUGAUCAUAAUCCUACCCACCAGUCCUCUCCGUCGGACAGUUCGUUCAGCCUUGGUGGGAGUGCAGUAUGGGUGAAUGAUGACAGCGUCAUAAUUGAUAGCCCAGGAAGCGUCGGUGGCGCUUCAGCGAGCAGUAACAGUGUUCUCACUAGCCGCGGGCGGCGUAGCACUGAUACAAGCUCGAACUCGAGUCACGCUUAUAGCGAUACCCAUUUCUUUCAAACAAGCAUUGCAUACAAAGGACAUACUUUGCCAAUCAAACUGCCUCUGGCCACCUUUCCUGAGGAAGUCGGAGAGUAUUCCCUAAUUCAACUAAUACAAACGUUUUCUUCGCCUCUAAUCACAAUCUCGGGACCACUACACCCACAUCUACACACGAAUGGAAUUCUCACGCACCCAAUCACGAUUCUCUUUAACGCACUUGUUACUGGCAAACGCAUCCUCUUCCUUGGACAUAAUAUUCCUGCCGGACAAGUCGCCAAUUACGUCUUAUCUGCUUGUGCCCUGGGCUCUGGAUGUGGUGCGAUACUACGAGGAUUCAUUGAGCGGUCAUUUCCUUACGCAGGACUUGCGGGAGGCGAGGACUGGGUUUCAACGCCGGCAUACAUAGCAGGCGUAACUAAUCCUAUCUUCGAAACCAGUGCAUCCUGGGAUCUCUUGAUGGAUAUCGGCACAUAUCGUGUUGUCGUGCACAAGGACAUACAUACAUCUUUCCCAACAACGAUGACACCGCCUGCGCUUGUCAACCCAACGAUGCCACGUCCAAUAAAGGCGGAAAACUCGACUGGGAGCGAGGACGACAUCCAGCGUAUCGCGACUCGAGACGGGAAGGAUGGGAACCAAAAGAGCGAGUUUGCAGCGAGGCAAGACAACUUGGACAACAUGUUCAUUGAGGAUCUGAUUUCGGCAAUCACAUCGCACUUCGGGGAGACGCUGGUGCGGAUGCGAUUUACGGAGUACGUCGUGCGCUUUGUUCGGCUAGCGUCGCGGUACGAGGAGCUCGUCAUGGGGUCGACGAAGCUUGGAUAUGGUAGCACACCGUUUACAGACGGGUCCCUAGGCAGCGGUAUCGUAUUUCCCGACGAGGCAGCUGCAUUUAAGGAGCUUACUGCGAACGCAAGUCGGAUCGAGGGUUGGCGGAGGAGCAAGUCCUAUCAAUACUGCGUCCAGGAUUUCAAAAAAUAUCAGGCAACCGCUGCUAUCCAGGGAUUCGACCUAUCUCAUCAACUUUUAAGAUUGCGGCUGGUGAAGAACUUACCAGACGCGGAAGUCGAGCUCAUCGUGCGCUCAAUAGCAGACAACUUGCGGACAUACGAACAAAUGGUUGAACUGCUCGCUCACAUGCCACCACAUGCCGGAGGAUUACAACCUCUGAGUUUUUGCCUAUUCCACCAUCAAGAAUCUAUUCGGGAAGCCACCGUUGACAUUUUCAACGAGCUGCGUCAGAAUCCCGUUGGGGUGAUUUUUCUGCAAGCUCUAAAUCACUUCCAGAGGUAUGCCUAUGUUCGGCAGGCGCAUGCUCGUGAAUCACGCAGAAAGGAUUCGAGCCAUGGUCUGGCCCCGCCACCUCACUUGGUAUCACGGACGCCGUCUAACCGUAGUGAAGUCAGCCUAGGGGGGAUGUGA